GGCCGACCGCAGCCGAUCCCGCGCGCGCGUCUCAUCUCGGCAAACACUCAAUGUUGAUAUAGUGAACGAUAUAAAGCACGACACAGAUACAAAAAGGUCGCAAACUGUCAGACGCGCGGAACUCGAGUACCCGCUAUUGCAAGAUCCUUUAGUGAAAGGUUUAUAAGUCAACAAAAAACUAGUCGAUCAGUACAGUGCAGGCGAGAUGCGGCCAGCGGUGAUCUGGCUUUCGCUUUUGGCAAUCGCGGUUGCCGAAAUAGCUGAGGAACCUUGGGUGGAGGAGGAAGCCGACGAACAAUACAAUGAAGAAGUCGAAACGCACGAGAGAAGCAGACGCGAAGCUUACGUCGAGGAACCUUAUGAGGAGCAUGUGAGAGUGAAAAGGAGGUGUUAUGACGAGGUGGUUCCGGACCGGCACUAUAGGGUGCGGCGGUCUGACGAAUAUGCGAGAGUGCCUCGCCAAGUUCAUCAGUAUGAAGUCCACGAGUUUACGGACGACGCGUACCCGUCUUCAUUGCCUUACGAAGAGAUGCUUGCAGCGAGCGCUGAGCAUUACCACAGAGUGUAUGCUGUACCUGGCGCGCCGGCGCCUGCUCGGUAUCUCAGCCCUGAUGUGAGUCAAAAUGCGGGACAGCCUAUUGUGCCUGUGGGACAGCCUAUUCAGUUUGCCGCUCCUGAUGUGCCUGUUGCUUCCAAACCUCUCCAAUACACGUCUCCCCCAAAACCUAUCCAAUAUGCGGCUCCGCCAAAACCAACCCAGUAUGUAACUCUACAAAACCCCGUUCAAUUUGUGGCUCCGCCCAAUGUGCCUCAGCCAGUUAGGUUUGUUGAAAAUCCGACUGUGGCGUCUAAACCCGUGAAGUUUGUCACUCCUAACCUGCCUGUAAAUGUUGCGCCUAACCCUGUGAAUGAUCAUGUUCAGUUUGUCGCACCCCCAGUCGCUUCUGUGUCUCCUGUAGCCCCUGAGACGCCUGUUCUCGGUCCUGUACCGGUGCAGUCAGCCCCUGUGCCGCAGACGAAGAAGUUGUCCGGAGACCAGUACGGGUCCGCUGCUCAACAUCACCAUGGUCACCACCACGCGCACGGCGGUGGACACAGUGGCCACGCCGGACAUCAUGCUAAUAGAGGGGGCAAGAGUACAAAAGGCUACAAAUCCGACCACCACUUAGACAAGGGGGCUAAAGGUCAUAAGACUGACGAGGUCCAUCGCAAGGAGUACGAGGAAGCGGCUGGCAAGAAACACAAGCAUCACGACAACGCUGGACACAAGGGCAGCCACGAGGAAGAAGCGCAUGGGCACAGAGGCUCGCACUUUGGAGAGAAGAAGGGACAUAAGAAGGGACAUAAGACCAAAGGCUACCACAAUAAGUACCACAAGGACGAGUUCCACAAGGAGCACAAGUUCUACGACGACUUCCACAAGAGCGGGGAGCAUCACCGCUACGGCAAGUUCAACGCAAAACACGCCUCGAACGAGAGCGGGAAGAAGAAGGCGCACCAUGUCAACGCUGGUCAUGACUUCGUCGAGAGAGGAAAGAAGGGAUACAGCAACAAGGGCCACUUAGACGAGGACCACACCGGCUAUAAGGGAGGUCAGGGUCACGAGGAGCACCAUGCCCAGCACUCGCAGCAUGGGAAGAAAGGGGGCAAGGAAGGAGGCUCGCAAUGGGGAUAUGAGAAGAAGAACUAAUUCAAUAUUUGACUAAAAGUUGCCAGUGCGCGGUCUGCAUUCCCAUUUCAUAUUGUCAACAUUUUGUUGGCAGAUUUUUUGAAUGACAACAAUUUGUGUUUGUUCUUAAAGAAGUAACAUCUAGAAUUAGUUUCGACAACUAACUCGGAAGAAAAUAUGACAAAAAAGUCAAAAUUUAAUGGGAAUGCUUUCAAUAAUGUCAUCGCAUUUGGGAAAAUCGAGAUGUUGUAUCGUGUUCAUUUAAUUUUAUCGAUUUAUAUUCGAUACGCCAUAGAAAUAAAGAUUUAGUGAUAAGAAGUCGGAUAACAGGAGGCUCGAUUUUUUCUCAAGACCCAGAGGAUGAUAAUAUAAUAAGAUAUGCCAAUUCAUUUUAUAGUGAGGACCUUGUGUUAGAAAUAAGUAUAUUAGUAUAGAAACUUAGUUUGUUACAGUCUGUUUCACACCAUCAUAUAUCAUUUGAAUGAUUUCCAUUCAUGUAUUGAACAAAUAACAUUCCGUAUUAUUAAGAUUAUAUUUUGAUCAAAAAAUGAUACAAGUGAGAUCAACAUUGUUUGCAAAUAGCUUUGAAAAAUUUAUGUUGUUAAUAUUUAAAACCUUAAUCUAAAUUAUUGUGUCAAUAUGACCCUAUCCAGAGAUUUAAAACGCCUUCGCGGGCUAAUCUGUGGUCAUAAUUUUUUGCAAACUCAAAGCUCAUUCUGCUCGUCACGUUUUUCAAGUUAUAAAAACCAUUCCAACACCAUUGCAGUUCAAAUGCAAUAAAUUAAUCGGUACAAAAACCUAUUGAUACUUCUGGUUGCGUAAGCGUGGCGAAUCGGUCACUUAGAUUGGGUUGGGUUAAGCAAACAUGUGGUUUUUGCUUUUUUGCUAUCUGUCCUCGUUCAAAUUAUUUUCUUUAUUGUUAAGUUUUUUGUUAACAGUUCUUAUUCUAUCUAGUUAGACCUAAGAUCAUUUAGUAAAUGAUCUAAGAGUUAGACGAUAUUCACGCAAACUAUGUUACCAAAUGCAUUAAUGGGUAGUAUUAAGCAUUCCUGUUGAACAUAUUCACACAAAAGUAUCUAAAUAAUAUAAUGGAUACUAACAAUAGUAAGGUUUAUAUGUAAGUUACCAUAUAAAUAAAUAAACUGUUUCUUAUUUAACUUUUUAAUAAGUUAAUAUUUUGUAUAUAAGUUUUAUAUUACGAACGAAAACACAAAUCGUUACAUUUAAAAAAAAAUAAUUUUGAAUGUUUACUUAAAAUUCAUUUCCUUGUUUCUUAUACUUUACUACUAGAAAUAACUCCCCUGAUGCAGAAAUGCCUAGCAUGUCCUAUCACCCUAUACACAUAUUCGCUUCCUCAAGACAAAAACUAUUGAGUGUCUAUUUACUUCAAUUAUUCUACUUUCAUCAUUUAGAAUAUUUAUUUACUGUCUCAGUUUGAAAGUUUCUGUAGAGAUCGAUAGUCAUUUUGUUAAUUAAAACAAAUUUAUUUUUGA